AGCCCGCGAGCCAACAGCCGAGCUGCACUCUCUCCUUACUCCCUCCCUUGCUGCUCACGACUACUUUUAGGCGCUCCACCGCCCGAGCCAGGAGUCGAACUUCACCGCUCCAGCGGCGCUCAAGCAUCUGGAGCAGCGGCGCUCGACGACGGUCGGUGGGGGGCCGAGCGAGUCGACGGCGUCUGGAGUCGAGAAGAGCGGCUCGCGCCGCUAGAUGAGGAACAUCUCCCCACAUCUCCCCACAUCUCCCCACAUCUCGCGCUGCCAGAUGCGGGAGACAGAUCCGAUCAGCGCACUCCACAGAGGACCACGGGUAUUCGGCGCUGACUUCCGCUGUGUGAUGCGACCGCUCUCACUAUGCAGUACACGCGGGGUGAGUGUGUGCAAUGUAGGCUCGUGCUGCUCGAGCUACUCGCGCUCUAGCUCAUCUGGUCGGCAGGCCGCAGAGGCACCUCUCCCGAUGGCGACGAACCGGCCGGAGCCGAUUGAGGAGCGGGCGGUGCGGGCAGUCGUCGCCUUGCCGUCGACGAUCGUGCGGGCUAGCGUGCAGGUGGUCGCAGACUAUACGCCGGUGCCUCUCCCGCGGAGAAUCGUCCCGCGGAGGUCAGUGCAGGACGGGACGUCGCCACCGGAUCCGCAUAGCCCGUAGGUUUGCACAGCCUUGGUUACCG